UUUGGUCAACGUUUCAAAGAGUCAUCUUUUCUGUCGAUGAUUUGCUCCAUUGAUUGCUGAAGAAACCAGAAAACACAGAGAGAGAGAGAGAGAUUCGCUUCUCCAUUUCCUUCCUUUGCAGGUCAAUUUCUUUCUUUCUUUCUAGAUAGAUUAUCUUCUCUCGGAUUUGGGAAACUCAAUAAUUAUGCGUUGUUGAUCUUCUUCAGCUAAAGCUUCAAUCUUUAAUUAGGGUUUUUGGUGGGUUCUUCAAAGUUUGUGACUUUAAUUUUCGGAAUCUUUUGUUUCUCAGAAAUCAAUCAAAAUGGUUGGUGGUGGCGAUACAACAGAUACCAAUAUGAUGCAGAGAGUUCAUUCUUCUUCCGGUACAUCGUCUUCUUCGAUCCCUAAACAGAAUCUUCACUUGAAUCCUGCUCUUAUCCGCUCUCACCAUCACUUCCGUCAGCCUUUCACCGGAGCUCCGCCGCCGAUUCCACCCAUUUCUCCUUACUCUCAGAUCCCGGCGACUUUACAACCUAGGCAUUCUCGGUCUAUGUCACAACCGUCUUCUUUCUUCUCCUUUGAUUCAUUGCCGCCGUUAAAUCCGCCGGUUUCGGUGUCGGUGGAGGAAAAAACCGGCGCCGGAUUUAGCCCUUCUCUGCCUCCUUCGCCGUUUACGAUGUGUCAUUCUUCUAGCUCUAGGAACGCUGGAGAUGGAGAGAAUCUACCGCCGAGAAAGUCUCAUAGGCGUUCGAAUAGUGAUGUUACUUUUGGGUUUAGUUCAAUGAUGGGUCAGAAUCAAAAGUCUCCUCCUUUGACUCCUUUGAGUUCUUUAGAGAGAUCGAUCUCCGGCAGAGAUAUUUCAGAUUGGUCUAAUUUGGUGAAGGACGAACCAAUAGAACGCUUCUUUAAGGGAAGAAAAAAACCACAGAGUGAAGCAGCUAUGGACGAUGUUUUCACGGCUUAUAUGAAUCUUGAAAACAUUGAUGUCUUGAAUUCUUUUGGAGGUGAAGAUGGGAAGAAUGGUAAUGAGAAUGUGGAGGAGAUGGAGAGUAGUAGAGGUAGCGGGACGAAGAAGACGAAUGGCGCAAGCAGUAGUGAUUCUGAAGGAGAAAGCAGUGCGAGUGGGAAUGUGAAGGUUGCGGUGAGUUCUUCUUCUUCAGGCGUGAAGAGAAGAGCCGGCGGAGACAUUGCUCCGACUAGUAGACAUUACAGGAGUGUUUCAAUGGAUAGUUGUUUCAUGGGGAAGUUGGAUUUUGGCGAUGAAUCAUCUCUUAAGCUUCCGCCUUCAUCAGCUAAAGUUUCCCCAACCAAUUCAGGGGAAGGGAAUUCGAGUGCUUUUAGUGUCGAAUUUGGAAACGGUGACUUUACUGCAGCUGAAAUGAAGAAGAUUGCAGCCGAUGAGAAACUCGCUGAGAUUGUAAUGGCUGACCCUAAGCGUGUAAAAAGAAUCUUGGCGAACCGCGUAUCUGCUGCACGUUCAAAGGAGAGGAAGACGCGAUACAUGGCAGAGUUGGAACACAAGGUGCAGACACUUCAGACUGAAGCCACUACAUUAUCGGCUCAGCUCACGCAUUUGCAGAGAGAUUCAAUGGGGUUGACAAACCAGAACAGUGAGCUGAAGUUUCGUCUUCAAGCUAUGGAGCAGCAAGCACAACUCCGCGAUGCUUUGUCAGAGAAACUGACUGAAGAAGUCCAGCGGUUGAAACUGGUGAUUGGGGAGCCGAACCGCAGGCAAAGUGGCAGCAGCAGCAGCGAACCAAAGACGUCACUAAACCCGGAGAUGUUUCAGCAGCUUAGCAUAAGCCAGUUACAACACCAGCAGAUGCAGCAUUCCAAUCAGAAUAGCACAAUGAAAGCAAAGCACAUGUCAAACAAAUAGGGUAAGUAAAACUGCGAUCCGCAGUUUCUAGUUACAUAUAUGAUAAGAAUCUUUUGUGCAGAGUUCUGUUUUUGGAAGUUUUAAAGAAACAUAUAUAAAGAUUAUGUCCGGGAAAUUCGAUUGUAUUUCCCGAAACAUAUAUAUAUAUAUAUAUAUAUAUAUAGUGGUAACGGAGGGCUCUCUUUCUGGACCAAGUGAUCUUAUGUUGUUUUGGUCAUAUAUACCCUUAGGAUUUUAUUUCCCUUUGGAUUUUGGAUUUUGGAUAAUCUAUGAGACAAUUCUUAAGGUUGCUAUAUAUUAGUGAAUCGAAAUCUUAUAUA